CUAUGAUGUAAUUAACAACAUUAACAUUGUUGCAGGCAUGCCAAGGAUAAUGGGUAUCGAUCAUGGAUAGUGAACAGCCGCAUCAGGAGUUGGUGAAAUGUGUAGUUGUGGGCGACACAGCUGUGGGCAAGACCCGACUCAUCUGUGCUCGUGCCUGCAACAAGAAGUUCUCUCUCUCCCAGCUGCUCAACACACAUGUGCCAACAGUCUUCGCCAUCGACCAGUACAGGAUAUACAAAGAGGUUUUGGAGAGAUCGUGUGUGGUAGUUGACGGUGUGAAUGUCUCCCUCCGGUUGUGGGACACCUUUGGCGACCAUGACAAGGAUCGACGUUUUGCCUAUGGCAGGUCCGAUGUGGUGCUGCUUUGUUUCUCGGUGGCAAAUCCAGUGUCGCUACGGAAUUGCCGGGUGAUGUGGUACCCGGAGAUUCGGCGGUUUUGCCCUAAUACACCAAUUCUUCUUGUGGGCUGUAAAAAUGACCUCAGAUAUAUCUGUAAAGAUGAACAGUACCUCAGUUACUGUCAAGACCGUUCACCUCUAGUUAGUCAGGUGCCUUUCUGCCCGCCCAAGCCCAAGGUCCAGGAGCCGUCAACAGUGGUGAGCACCCUGCGUGAAGAUCUCCAUGGUCUUCUCACCUGUGCCGCCUUCACUGACCUGGUGCUGGUAGCUGGGAGCAACACUACUGCGGGUGGAACCAUAGUCCAUGCUCACAGGUUCUUGGUGGCAGCUGCGUCAACU